CAAUUUUUUGAGCCAGUGUGUAAAAUGAGGUUAACUGCGGCGCUAUUCGUAGUAGCAAGUGUAUUUGCAAGUGUUACUUCUGAAAAAACUGAAGAUGUAACUCUACCAAAAAGAGUUGGGAUUGUGUAUCUGAUACCAGUUUUCCAUCCCGACUACUAUGAGGGCACAAAAUUUAGUGAACUAAGCAAUGAUGUAGAUACAGAACUGCUGGGAAAAGCUCUCCCAGCUCAUGCUCUGCUGUUGACUGUGCCAACAAGGAAACAAAUCGAAGACGUAGAAACUGAAGAACCCACACCCAAAAGAGUCUUUCACAGCCGCCAUCGGCGGGCUGCUUAUCCAGGUGGUAGAGGGGGUGGUGGCGGUGGAGGAUUUGGGGGUGGUGGUGGAUCUGGAGGCGGUGGUGGUAGAGGACUUGCUGAAACAGGAUGCCAAUCUUCUUCUUCCUCCUCCAGUAGCAGUUUCAGCUCCGGACGUGGUGCAGGAGAAGGCGGAGGUGGAGGUGGCGGUGGAGGUGGAGGAGGAGGACAUGGAGGUGGUGGAUUCUAA